UGGCCCCAGUUUCUAUUGAGACCAACAAGACGAGGUUUGAAGCUCUGAGUAUGUUAUUGGACAGCAGCAGCAGCAGCAGCAGCAGCAGCAGCGAGCAAUGACAGCAGACGAUCUGCACCUGAACACCACUGCAGCUCUGGGUCUGCAUGACAUGGACGAGGACAUGGACGCUGCUGUGUUUGGGGUCAAAGUGUUUAAUAUAGUCAUCAUUGCUGUGGCCUUGUGUAUCCUCACCAUCACGACUGUCUACUGCUUCACAGGCUGCUACAACCGCACCAGUUCCAUUUCCCUCCUCAGACAGUCAAAGCGAGCCCUCAUGUACGAGAGCGCAGUGAGCUGGGAGGAGCCGCUGGACCCCGUGGCAGUUAAGGCAGUGAAGAGGUCGACCAGCUUCAUCAACCCUCUCAACUUCUUCAGGAGACCAGAGGCAGCAAAGGACAACUCCAGGAUCUAUUACAUCUACAGUAACCCUCUGCCUGUAGGGGUGAAGGACGAGGAGGAGGAUAAGGAGGAUAUUAAAGCCCCGCAGACACCACAGCACAAACCUGCACAGCCACUGUCCAUCCAAGACUACGCCAGCGAUCCUAACAGUGGCGUCAUCCUGGACCCUCCCAUAUUUUACAUGCAACUUUAACUGAAGACCUGAGUCAUGGAGAACAAACAAAGUUAGCACAUGUCUUGGUUCUGAGGUUUAAACCCUAUAUCUAUUUGAGUUGGGCCAUUAAAGGGACACUCCACCAGUUUUGUACAGUAGGGUUAUUGGUGCAAGUAUUAUUAUGGAGUAUUACACAGUAUGUCACAGUCGUGUACUAAGGACUAAUGUCAUUUUGACCAUUGGUGUUUCAAUGUUAAUCCUUCCAUGUUUGUCAUCCAAACCUAAAUCACUUAAGAACCCCUUUAAAACCCUUAUGUUCUAAAUUAUAGCAACAGUUCAUCAGCUCCUCAAGUUGAAUCAGGGCAAACACUGUUAGGUGAGACCAACAGUGAACAAGUACGUGUUUGUUUGUGGGUCAAGCUAAUUUUGGAUUUAGCCGACGUGAAGCCCAAUAAGAAGUAGUAUAACAUUUCCUACAGGUAGAUGCAGGACUUAAAUUGAAAUGAUGUUAUAAUCAAGUACAGAAAAAUAAUGUUUGAAUAAAUGCAGUUUUAAAAAUG